CGUCGGCGGUCGGCGUCCCCCGGCUCCCCGCGGGAGGCCCCAACAGCUUUUCAGCUCAGACCCUCGUGGUCCCCGGCUUCCUUGAGUGGUCCGGUGUCCCCCUGGCUUCGCCCCGCAUCUUUCGGAGAGGCAGGGUGAACGAACAGGCUGGCGAGGAGCCUUCCUUCCCCCUUGGCUGCUAGUGGGCAGACGGGACCCCUCACCCCUCCAAAAUUUGGCCCGCCUCCCCUGUACUCAGCAAACUCUGCCCUGCUGCGGGACUCCCCCCACCCCAAAGAUCGGGAGAGAGGGGAUCCUUCCCAUCUCCAAUCUCCGACUUCACUCAAAUUGGAGGGAGGAUUAACCCCGUCCUUCUCGCGGCUCUCUGCGUUUUAAGGGGCCUGCCCAUCCUCAUCCUUACCAUCCCCUCAACCAGCUCUUCUUGUCCCUGUUGGAGAGGCUGGAGACGGAGGGGCCGAGCAGAGCCGACGCUCGGAGCACCAAUCUCCCCGUAAAAGGGUCGGGAGAGGGGUAGAGAGGUCCGGGCCGAAGCCCCCUCCCACCCCCGUCCCGGAAGGCCUAGAGGCCGGUGGGCCCUUUAAAGGGAGGCCCCGCCCCUGGACGAGGGGAGGGGUCGCGGGCUGGGCUGAGCCGGAGCCGAACAAAGAGCGGGGUGUCGGGUCCCCCGCCCCUUCCCCCGGUCAGAGCCAGCGUGGGGAGGGGGCGCAGCCUGGGCUAAGGAUCCCUCGAGGUCGGGGGGCGCCGCCCCCUCCCCCGGCCGGUACCCCCGACUUCCCCUUCUUCCCUCCGCCGUUUUCUCCUUCCGUUUCCUCCGGGCCGGGCCGGUCCUGCGGGGCCCCCCCAGCCCGCCCCUCGGGCCCAUGAACGGGCUGCCGGGGGCGGCGGGCGAGGGGGCGGCGGGCUGCCCGUUGGAGGGGCUCCCGCCGCUGCCCCGGGGGCUCAGCGGCCUGCUCAACUCGAGCGGGGGGUCGUGGCGGGACCUGGAGAGGCUGUACAGCCAGCGGAGCCGCAUCCAGGACGAGCUGAGCCGCGCGGGCCGCACCCCCGCGGACCGACACCCCGCCGCCCCGCCGAGGCCCGCCAACCUCGACUCCGCCCUGGCCGUGCUGCGGAAGGAGAUGGUGGGCCUGCGCCAGCUGGACAUGUCCCUGCUCUGCCAGCUGUGGUCUCUGUACGAGUCGAUCCAGGACUACAAGACCCUCUGUCAGGACAUGAGCCUCUGUCAGGACAUGAGCCUCUGUCAGGACAUGUCGUCCUCCCUGCACUCGGACGGCUCCUACCCCGCCGACCCCGGCUUCUCGGACGAGGAGGAGGAGCUCCCGGACGCCGGGCUCCCCCGGGACCCGCCCCCACUCCGCGUGCCGCAGACUCACAAUUCUCGGGACAAGUGGCUCCAGGACUCUUUCCACAUCACCAUCUGAUGGCGGCUCCCCCCCCCCCCCCCCCGCAGUGCCUGACCUCGUGCCCCCUCUCCCGGCCCCCAACUCCAGGCUGCCCGUCCCGGAUGGGGCGGGCGGGGGGAGCUGAGGUUUUUUCCCCCCACCCUCUGUCUUCUCUUCCCUCUUGCAGAGCGUCCUCCAGCAGCCGCUCCUUUCUCAAGAUGAGUUUAGGCCAGGAGAGCCAAGAUCAAGGCUUAUACCCCCUGCUGGGGGAGGCUUUCUUUCCCUCACCUCUCACCCCCUGAUUCUUCUUUCCCCCGUCCAGUCCACUUCUGCACACAGCUCUGCAAGGCAGCUAACCCUGGGGUGGGAGCGUCACGGCUAAUAGGAACGGCUAGCUUCCUCCUCGGCCCCCCCAAGCAGAGACAGCCCGAGUUCUGUCUUCUAUUCAGCCAGGGCCGUCUACCCCGGUCCCCCUCCCCGGUUGCCAGCGGCCCCAAAAGGCUGCUGAUUCUGGGGCGGCGCACCCGCCUCCCCAGAUGAGAACAGUCCCCUUCCUUGCUCCGAGCCCCCAAGGAAUCCUCAGGGGUCUGGGGUGGGCCUGUCCCAACCGAUGGCCGAGGCUCCUCUUUCCCCACGGCCCCUUCUGCUGAAAUGGGCCAGAACCUGGCCCCGAGAGACAUGGGGUCCACGCUGGAUAUUUUCAAAUAGCGAGUUCCCAGUCCUGGGGACCCCACGAAUAAAUAUUCUCUUGAGCGA